AUGUACAGAUUGCUCAUCUGGCUAGCGUACCUAGGCGUAGAUGCUCUAGCCAUCUAUGCCCUCGCCACGCUGUUUAAUCGCCAGAGAAAGGCACAGCAGGAGCCUGUAAGUUGCAGCCGUGGGGAUGUAAAUGAGAGCCGUGACUUAGAGGUUUUAUGGGCCCCUAUCUUGCUGAUACACCUCGGUGGACCGGUCAACAUCUCUGCUUACAACAUCGAAGACAACGAACUAUGGAGGCGUCACAUUCUAACUGCAGUGUCUCAGAGGGCUAGCUUUAAUAGUAUAGUCACUACUUUCCGCCCUGCCCCAAGAACAAAAACUGCGAAAAGAGAAGUUGAGCUUGAAGGGUACGUACAAGAAGCACGGAGUUUUGUGCAACAGAACAAAAAUCCUCCAGCACUGGAUUCUGAUAGCCGAUCACCACACAAGAAGCAACUCUCUGUGCCGGACAAAUUAUUUGUAGACUAUGCAUAUGUCUAUGAUGACCGUCUCACUACCUUGAAAUCCUUUUGGUUGCUGGACGAGAAAACCACUUACGACGCCAUUUAUGAAGGGCUCUCUGAAACUUUUAAUCUUAUUUAUAGCAAGGAAGAUCAAGUGGAUGAUAAAAACAGAACCACGCCUUGCUGGGGCAAUUUCUUUUCUGGCCUUAUAAUGUUACUUAAUCUCCUGUUGCCGAUCGUGCCCAUUUGCCUCUUCCACAGCAGCCACAAAAAUGCUUAUAGGGGAACCGACAUCAAGGUUACAUUUAUAUUAUUGUACAUCACAUACUUUUUGGAGAUUUCGUCCUUUCUUACAUUUUUAUAUUUUGAGGUGGGGUGGUCAGACGGGGUUGCCCAGCAUAGCCUUAUAGGAUUCUUAGCUUGUAACAGAAGGCACGCAAGGCUAAUGGGCAUCGCAGAGUUCUUUCAGUGCAAAGGUUUUCUUGACACAUAUUUUGGCUUGAUGUCCUAUCACUCAUCCAAAGACAUUACAAUGUUGGUUCAUGAGCAUGUUAAGGCUGGAUGGAUGAGUCAUAUAGCAGAUAUCGAGAGUUAUUGGAGGUUCAGCGAUAGCCGAGGCCAGUGGGCACUUGAGCGCAACGGCCGUGAAGAAAUCCUUCUGGAGAGUAUAGAGAAGCCAUUCGAUGAGAGCAUCAUUCUCUGGCAUGUGGCCACGGAUUUGUGCUUCCAUAAGAAGGGCACAUCUGGUAAUUCUCAAUGUGCCAGGAUAUGUAGACAAAUCUCCAACUACUUGAUGCAUCUGCUGUUUGCUAAUCCAGAGAUGUUAUUGCCUGGCAGCAGAAGGAAUUUGUUCACAGUUGCUUAUGAUGAACUUGAGGCCGUCCUCCAAGGUGAUGAUGAUCUAUCACUGCUGGACGAAAGAGGACUUACACUAAAGAUAAUUAGCAAGGCAGAGUCUGCAGAAGGUUUUAUUCAAGACUCAUGGGUUCUAGCUCAAGAGUUGAUGCGAUUUGGUGAUGACAACAAGAUGUGGGAAGUAAUCAAAGGUGUAUGGAUCGAGAUGCUCUGUUUUUGUGCUGGUAGAUGCAGGGGUUACCUGCAUGCCAAAAGCCUUGGCUCCGGUGGAGAGUUCCUAACUUACAUAUCACUCCUAAUGUCGCAUGCGGGGCUAGAGACAUAUGCAGAGAGGCAGCAGAGGGUUCAGCUUCGGCUGCCGAAAGAGGCGAGGCAGCACUUUGCGAGGGUAAACGCUAUGAAAAGGGAAUUAGAAGAGGCUGCUAGGAACAUCGAACGUAGAAUGGAAAGAGCUGCUGGUGCAUCUGCCGAGGUCCAAGUUGUUAUCUCCUAG